AUGGAGUGCCACACCCCCCCCGGAUCGAUGCCACCGCUGAGGGAAGGUGCGGCGCCUGAGAACGAGUGUCAGUCCCUACGACGCCGCAGUUCGCCACGGUGGUGCAUCCCGACAACGCCUCCCCUCAGCCACUCCCUCAGGUCCUCUCACAUCGAAGUCGCUCGCUGCCUCACUUCGGGCGUCCUGUGCAAGUGGUGUCAGGCAGGACCGGCAGCUGCGAAGGAGAGGGUGACACGCGUUAGUUCUUUUAGCAGGGCGUCGAGUCGGAUGGUCGUGGGCGAGAUGGGCGGGUCGCGGGCGGCCUCAUGGAUGCUGUUCGCGGUGCUGGCGGGGGCGGCGGCGGCGGCCUCAACCACACCCACAGACACCAAGCGCUCCGGGGAGGACAUUCAGUUUGGCAACCAACAAAACCCGCCCGUGAGUCUUCUCGACGACAACGCCAUGGCCGGAGCCUUCCCGUCCAGCGAGACCAGCGAAGAGGCACCCACACAGCAGGAAGGCGCACACGAACAGCAGAAGGCGACAGAAGCAGAAGAGGCAGCGGCGGCAGCUAAGGCAGUGGUGGAAGGCUUUAAACAGGAACAGCAGCAGAAACAGGAGAAACAGCAACAACAACAGACACCACAAGAAGAACAACAGCGAGAGAAACAGGAGGACGAAGAGGAGGAGAGCGCGGGGAAGGAGAGAGAGUCGGCGGAAGUGGAAGAGGAGGAGAAGAGAGCACAGCAGCAGCAGCAAGAGAUACCAGCAGGAGUAGGAGAGGACCAGGGGUGGGAUGACGAAGCGAACCUCUGGCACAGUCAACCCGCCGCCCAUGACUUGUACCGCACCUAUCUCAGCGCCCCCCUCCACAUCAGCGGCGCCCUCCCAUCCUUCGCCAGCCGCAACCGCCGCUCCCUCCACCUCCCUCCACUUCGCUCCCACCCAAUCAAGGGAGGGACCCUGGCUGGCGUGAGGAACCUGCUGGGACGCGGGCCACAGCGACAGAAGAGGGACCUCAGACGUUUCCGCCGAGACCUCAACAUGAACGGCCUUGACCUCGACCGCCUGCUGAAGAACGUGGACAUGAAGGAGCUGCUGGCGCUUAUCUCCCGCCCUCAGCACCACCAGGAGGGUUAUGGCACCGUGCACUACGCCCCCGCCCCCGCUAGGUACGCCCCCCAGCCCAAGCUCUUCCCUGACUACGAGGAGGAGUGGGGCGAGAGCGCGGAGGACCUGCUGCGACAGAGCCUGAGGGCGGAGAGGCCUGUUGCUGACGAAGCAGUCGUGAUGCCUCCAAACCGCGUGUGGCGCAAGUCGGGUGCCCCACCUGGCUACGGUCUGGCCAGGGUGCCGGGCUUCAAGCGGUCCUCAGUCUUCAGGGCCAACACUCUCCAGGACACGCAGCCCCAGCCCGCACGGCCCUUCCCCGCCCUCAACCCCCGCGACGUCUAUUCCCUGGCCGCCAUGUUGGGUGCAGACCGCGAUCCCUUCUCCAACCGCAUCCGCCGCGCCGUGAUGUGAGUGCCCUCGCCCGCCGCCACCACCCCUGCGAGGUCCCUGCCGGUCUACGUGAAGGUCUAAGGUCUGAACUUCUCCCUGGCCACACUGCACACACAGGGGGGGAAGGUCUUCUGUGUUCCACGCCGCUCGGGUCAACGUAAUGCAUUGAUAUUAAUGGUUGUAUACUCGUUCGUCUUCAAACAGUCUUCCUAUACAUAACAGCUUUCGAUGCUUGCUUGCUUUCUCUCUUCUACUCUCGUCUGUUUGUCUCAUUUUUCCUCCUUUCACUGGUGGUUUGAGAACAUGAAAAACGGGAGAGGUACUACACACACACACACACACACACACACACCACAUACACACACACACACACACGGAGAUUAAACACCACGCCACACUGAAUUCCACAUCGAUCACUUAUGGUAUAGUUGUUGCAUGUGUGUGUAACAUGUUUAACAAGGGCGUAUACUAUAUAUAACUCCCUUUAGGUGUAACACUAUAGUUAUGGAUGUACAUGUAUGGUACUGUAUAUGUACUUGGAGUAUUAUAUUAAUGUACCUCGUCAAUGGUUCCUCAGCGCAGACCAAACACCUGCUCUUGUCUCUUGAAAUGCUACCUAUACUACUUCAACAGCCUCCUUUCUUCGUUUCCUUGAUCUAUACACACACGGCCAUUUCAAUAUUCCUACUUAAAACGACUCAUGCACUAUUAUCUUUGCUAUUGUCUAUCAAAAAUUAUCUCGCAGACCGAAUUUCAUCAACGAUUUCAAACUAAUAGAAGAGUCACAGGUACGUACUUAUGUGUUCAUGUCAGAUGUAACGCGUAAGUAUAAUGGGUUAUAUUUGAAGCACUGCCAAACCGCACUCACUCAAUCACGCAAUCAGGAAAAUAACUCUUCUUUGCAAUCAGAAACCGUAUGAUAACCCGGGAUUUCUCUUCUCUCUAUACGCGUAAAAACGAAUUGAAAGCAUUGCCAAUCCACUCACUCAAUCAGCAAGCGGAAAAUACUCCUCUUUGCAAUCAGAAAACGUUUCAAUAUUCACGAUUACGAUUUCUCCUCUCUUACUAUCUGUCACCUAAAGAACUCCUAUGCAUGUCACUUCGACCUCGUCAAAAUCGCAUUACUCGUGUCUUAUUAUACUCGGAUAAAUGUGAUGUUUACUGUAAGGGGAUGAGGAGCGUCUACCCACUAGCCUCCAUCAGCCCCAACAUCAAUGGUUUAACAAGGGGCGGUGUGUAGGUAAUUCGAGAGGCAAGGUUUUGGGAUUGUGGGAUCGGUUCGUAUAUGUGACAGACCCCAAAGACGCAUACACAAUCUCCACCUUGCUCACAACACACUCAAGUCACUUUUAAACGCUCUAAGUCGACGAAUCCAUCUCGGGGAACACUUUGCUUGAGCCGGCAGGACGAAAUGACACAUACGGCAGCCACUUGUAGUACCGCCGGCGACGAAGAAUCACGUUUUUACACUCCUAUGAGGCUGUUAAGGCUUCCUAAUUCGUAAUGAAACACUCACCUGCUCACCCUCCUCGUCAGUACAAUCCUUAAGACUCACCUCACUGGCCUUAUGUGUCCUCUAAGCGUCGUCCGCCUCAGGGUCUUGUGCACACGUCCACCCGCGGGGCUGCACCACCACCACCACCACCAACAACAACAACAAACAUGACUGCUGGCUUCCCUCGGACUCACAUCGGCUCUCACUUUUCAAAUACACCUCAAUUGCUCUCUAACUUACCUCUGAGUCCACUUACCCAUACACAAUGAGUCUUAUUUAAUCGGCUAGACAUUUUUUCUCAUUACGAAUCAAGAGUUGUGAUAUUAGAGCAAGAAAUCAUGGUACUUCAAUGAAAUUAAAACUGCCUCGUUGAAUGGUUGAUUGCCUUUACGACUCAACGACUUCUAACUAUCCAAUCAAUAGCCUCAGUGUAGUCAAGCCGUUCGGGUGAGUCUCGCGUCAGGUGUAGCCUAUUAUUAUACCAUCUCAGCUUAGUCUCUUGUGGCCAGGGAGAAAUUCUGACAUGUAAGACGAAACUAUAUUAAUGUGCGCCUGCAAGGCGCCUGUCGAUGUUAUGUCCACCUGCUAUAAUGUUCAUGUUGGCUCCCCGAUACAUGACGAGAGGGAGGGAGGGAGGGAGGGAGAGGAGAGCCAAGGACAGAAGGAGGGAGGGAAGGAGGUGCGAGGAUGCAGGGAGAGGGAGGUGCGCGGUUCUGGUAACACUUUCUUCCCACUUUCUUCUCGCCUUUUCUCGCAUAUGUCGGGGAGCCGCCCUUCACUCGUGUACGUAACAUCUGUGCGUAGCCUUAGCUGAAUACUGAGCUAGUCCUGUGUUGUCCGUGUGCCCUGUUUUCCUGGCCCAGAGAGAGAGAGAGAGAGAGAGAGAGAGCACUUAGCUGAGAGGAAAGAAAACGAAGUCAAUUACUGAGGACUGGAAGGGUUAUCAGUAGGAUGAAGUCACAAUACAUACCUGCAAAUGCAUGUCUCAUAAGCGGAAAAAAAUUAAUACUAGCAUGUAAUGUGUAUUAUCCCGUAAACACCGCGACGAACGCCUUUCCCUUCCCUCUCUCACACACAUACGUACACACAUUGAUACACAUAUGCCAGCUUUAAUCAAUCAGGUUAUAACGAAAAUUAUUACUGAUAGUGGCUAACUGCAGCGUCUUUCUCAGAAUAUUGGAAUAUGAAAGUAUUAUAAAAUAUAUUCUUCUGAAAUCGGAUAUAGAUGUAUUUAUUUUAGUUGUGGUGUAAAGCAUAUAUAAAAUAAACCUAACUAGAUUUUU